AUGGUGGACGGGCCCGCGGUGCAGGGGAAGCUGCAGUCGAAGGAGGCGCCGCUGUGGUGCCUGGAGGAGACGAGUUCCAGCGCCGGUGGCGCCUGCGCUUCGACCCCCGCGCGCUGGGUGACCCGAGCGCGGCGGCCUUCCUGCGCAGGUUUCCAGACGUGUUCCACGUGCGCAGCAGCGGGUUGCAGGUGCUGGUGUCGCCCGUCGAGGCGCCAAACUUCGAGCUGGCCGCAGAGGACCACGGGCAUGGAUCGCCCCGACGGCGCGAACGGCAACUCUGAGCCCGCGUCAGCGUGCAACUUUGCGGUCUCCUUCGGCGAGCAGGUGGCGGCCCUGCUGGCCAACCUGGUGGCCGAGGAGCGCAAGUCUGGCGGUGCGCCCCUGAACUAUCAGUACGCCAGCCACGAGGUGGAUCC